AUGAAGCAUCGUGAAGAAAACACGUUUCGAUUUCGGUCUUUCACGGAUCUGCUCUCUUCCAUCAACGUUGACGUUGUCCAUCAUAUUCGACGAGUGGAUGAUGAGCCUGAAGAAAGGGUUACAUAUUUUCAUGAAAAGCUAGCAGAUCUCCAAGACCUGAACAGCACGGAGUCAUUUUUGAACUUCGUUGAGGAUGUUGGACGUGAUUUCGAAACUCUGCCACAGCUCAUCGUCACGAAAGAUGCGGUUGUUGGGAAACUCAAAGAACAUUUGGUCAAGGAAGACAACAUCGCAGUUCCGGCGCUGCUCGAGUUGGUUUCGGCGCUUGCCCGGGACUUGCAGUUCGAAUUUUAUCCGUAUUUCUAUGACUUCUUCGAUAUCAUCUUGAAUUUGUGCAAGCUCCGAGAUGCAGAAAGAGUCCAGGCGUGUUUUACUUGCUUGGCAACUUUAUUCAAGUUUUUAUGGAGGUAUCUGAUCAAGGACAUAGUCAAAUUUUUUAAGGCGUUCGUUCAGUUGCUACACUCAUCGGAGCCCCCCCACGUUCGCACUUUUGCUGCCCAGUGCUUCGCAUUUCUGUUCCGAAAAGUUCCCGAACAAAUGUCCGUCUUGCUUCUGCUGCUUGAUGAGCUUACAAAGGAUGGAGAAUUGGCUGAAGGAUUUGGAUUUCUGUUGUCGGACGCCGUUCGAGGCGUGAAAGGAAAAUUCCAUUCCUCAUUUGAAUCUACGAUGCGAUUGGUUUUCGAUCUUUUCAAAAGUUGCUCGUGUGUGGAUUCACUUGAAGAAGUUUUAAGAAUCACGUUUGAGCGAAUGGCAGGUCACGCGUCCAUAUCAGAUUCCCGAGCGGAUGUCCUCCGGGUUUGGAACCUGCUCAAGGCUUUUGUCAGUGAAGAAACUGGGCUGAAAGAAACGAACCCGGCAGGCUGGUGUUGUGCCUUGAAAUGUGUUCGGCAGUGGUCUUGUUUUCAUGGUGGCCGUUUGAUCGUUGAUCUGCACAUUACCUUGGACAUAUGUGCGUCUGCUCUUAAUCAAGCGAAGGUGUACGAAGAAGAGGAGAUUAUCGUCAGUGCUCUUGCGCAAGUCUUGAUGAACGAGUCCCGUCGAUCUGUAGCAUUGGAUCUGUUGACCAAAGGCAUUUCUUCAGUCUUCACGUCCGACGUUUCGAAGCAUUCUGUUUGUGAUUUCGUGAAUGCGUUGUGCUCGCAUAAUUUUGCGUAUUUGGACUCGCAUGUUUUACCGCGAUUCUUGGCCCUGAUAAUCUCAAGUGCGGCCUCGAAGAAUGGAGCAAGUCAAUGCGAUACUUUACAUUUUUUAGAAUCGCUUUCGAAGAUUCGUGAAAGCAAAGGAAGUGAAUUUCAUUUCGAGCAUCAUGUUCUAAGAUUCCUUCCCGCGAACAUCGAAAGAAAAUCUCUGAAUGUUAAGGAUGUCCUAACCGACUGGUUGCUUGGAAAUAUUACACUACAUCUAAAGGAAGACGUAGAUAAAAAGUGCCUGAUGUAUAUGCUCAGCUGCGUUGCACACUGUCAUCCUGUCAAUGUCGAACGUGUUUGGGAAUCGCUACAAAGUCUGUGGACAAGUCUCAUGAAAGCCAGCUUGGAAGAUAUCUCUGAAACUGGUUCUCUUGAAGCGGAUGAAAUCUCAUCCUGCUUGUUCCUUGUUGCAAGAUCGCUGCACUCAUUUGAUUCAGACAUGUUUGCUGAUCUUGUCACGAGUGAAAUUGAAGAAGGCUUGAUGAAUUCAUCGCUUGCGAGUGACCCGAGGGGUUUGCAGAUUCUUUUGUACGUGAUGACCACACGAAAAGCGACUAAACCGGAUGCGUUCACUAUUGAAGCCCUGGAAAAAGUGUACGAGAAGUUGAAACACAAUCUUAUGGCGAGCGAAACAGAAGCAAGGAGACUUGUGCUCAAAAUCUUUGCCCUGUAUCCGGUCGAGUUACCAAAUCCAGAAAAGAAAAGCCUCUCAGUGUUCGAAUUGUGCUUAAAGGCUGAAGAAUUUCCCGAUUCCAUGGAGCAUUAUCGAGAAAAAUUGAUUUGGUUGGAAAAGCUGGACUUCGACUUAGUGCAGUCUAGUUUGCCUGUUGGACUGCGGUAUGAUUUGGCGCCGGUAUAUUUCAUAAUCGGGAAUAUGUACACCAACUUGUCGCUGCUUUGGAAGCCUUGUGCAAAAGUUCUCUGUUCGCACGCAGUUUCUCUCCCAGGGAAAGAAUUUUGGUACGAGGCGAUGAAACCUGCGCUUGAAACUGCCGCAAAACUAGCGGCUGAUGCCGUUUUAUCCAGUGUUGCAUACGAGGAAGAAGGAGACGAAAAUUUUCAGUGGUUUUUGCAAAGCCUGAGAAAGGGCGGAAGAAAAUUGUCCGGGUCUGGCAUCAACGUUCACGUGGAUCACGUGCAUUGGCGAAACACUAUUUGGCGUUCGAUGGAGGAUUUCAUUGGUGUUCUUGAGCCAUUCAACCGGGAUCUGGUCGAAUUGUUUCUCUCUUUUCUCGAAACGGAGUACUAUCGUUCAAACUUUUCACUACUGAGACAGGAAGAUUUGACGAUGGCUAAUGAAAUGGAAGAACGUGAGAAGAAACCAAAAAGUCGCACAAGAACGCCUGCUUUUCGAUCGUUGCUUGCACAUCUGAAGGUGUUUGCAAUGUUCAAGGCUGGCACGUCAAUCGCUCGGAAAAGUGAUAUGAAAAAAGCAUAUUACGAAUUGCUUCUAAGUGGUCGUUCGGAAGUUCAAAAGGCUGCUUUGGAUUGCAUUUUUGCCUUUGGGCCAAAGACGUGUCCUGCUGCACGAGAAAAUUUGAAGGAAAGGCUUUAUCGUCUGCAAGAUGGGAAGACUUUCAAGAAAGAGAUGAUGGCUCUUAAUUCAGAUUUAAACUCCGGUGCGAUUGAUGAAGACGUGAGAGAAAGAUGUCGAGAAAACGAGUACACGAAGUUUUUUGAAUUGGCCUUCGGAUCCGAGAUGUGGAGUCUCGGAAUGAGUUUGCCAGAAAAUGAAGCUGAAAUGAGUGGUUGUGUCCUGGCGCCUCCAUUGCGCAAACGCAAAGCGGGUUUACUUUUGAUCGGAACAAUUUUUCAGCAGAUCGGGAACAGAAUUACUGGUGAACUGCGUUCCCAUAUUCUCAGAGUGAUGUUGGUGAUAGGAGCUCAAUCGGUCGUCCUCAUGAAACGCAACGAUUUGCACUCAAAAGUUCUCGAGCGCUUGAAAGACGUCAGAAACACUGUGCAGAAGAGAUUAACGCACUUUUUUGAAGUGUUCGACAAUUACGAUUGGACGGAACGUGAGCUUGAUUUCAUUUUCGAGUAUCUGAUUGCGCCACAGCUCCCGAGACUAGCCGAAGAUACAUCGAAUGCCGCCUCUGUCUUGCUGAAGUUUCUGCUGAGUUUGGGAAAGAACCCCAGGUAUUAUCCGUUGCUGUGCAAGAAAGGUGCUACAAUGACCCCUAUUGACGCAAUUCUCGACCUCGUGAGCAUCGACAAGUUAGACGAGUCCAUCGCGAAACUGCUUUUCCAGUUUUUCGUGGAUUUGACUACGUUGGAGAGAGGUGAAGCAGAUGCCAUGUCUCUACCGAUUGCGGAAGCUGCGAACAUUCCCGUUUGGGAAAAACGUGAAUUGAAUUUUGGCACUCGUCUGCUGAUUCCGCAUGUCUCAAAGAUUCUGAAAGCUAUUGAAAAGGUCGUGAUAAAAGAAUCGUUGGGAAGAAUGAGGAAUGAAAGUGAUAAGAACGUCUUGGCCGUGCUUACGACGUUGUCCGAAAUUUCGGACGAUGCUGAACAGAAUGAAAUGAUUGUUGGAUUAUUGAUCAAUCAUCUAGUGAAGAGUGAAAAGUUGGAUGAUGAAGCUCGACUUCAACUGACGAUUUCCUGUGCAAAUUUCUCACGAAACGUUGAAAACUGGGAUGCAAGACUCAAAUUCAUCAGAGAAUUGUCUCCUUUGCUUGGCAAGAGAACGGGACCAACUAUAAGCAAGCAAUUGAUCGAAAUUUUCAAUGCGCUGCUCGGAGACAAAGAUGGAGAAUGGGCAAUUAUGAAAAAGUUCGUGUCGCACGGGCAUGCUUGGAAUCCGAAACGUGCCGAAGAGCCUAAUUUCAAAAUGAGGUUGGAUGCUUUGUCGGAAAUCAAUGCAAUCCUGCGGAGCAGUGUUUCGCUUUCGAUGGAGUGCUUGCUUAUGAUUGUUCACACCGCUUUCCAGUUCAUUUCUUGGACAGACGAGAUGGCUAUCAGAGAUGCUGGAUCAAAUACGAUGCAGAUGUUGGUGAUAUUUUUAUUCAACAAUUCCGCAACCCCUGGGAUCAUGUCGGACUUCUUACCAAAUGUUGUCUUGAAAGCCGUCAGAAGAGGAAUCCUCGAUACAAAUGAAAAUAUUCGAGCCGAGUAUCAUACGAUUUUAUCUGUAAUGGUACGAGAAAGUGUCAAAAGGAACACGGGACCAAGGAUCUUGAAGGAGCUUGGUCAAUUGACCAACGAAGACGUCGAAAAAGAUUUCUUUGAAAACAUGAAGCAUCUUAAGGUGUUUAAAAGAACGAAAGCGCUUGCAGAUUUAGCUAAAGGAAUCCGGGAUGACAGUUAUAAGUUUUCUGAUGACACCUUGGGUCAAGUUCUGCUCCUGUUACCUUCCACGUACUUGUUCAAUCGUGCAUAUGUGAAGGACAAUCAUUUAGUUGAUGCGGCUAUUGAGGCUCAAGCUGCGAUUGCGUCUCGAUUAUCAUGGUAUAGAUACAAGUUGUUACUCAACUUUUGCGUGAAAAAGAUCCUCACAGACUCUGAGUUUCACAAAGUAGCAGUCAAAACGCUCACCUCCGUACUCAAUGCCUUCAACUUCGAAGUAGCCGCAUCACUACCCCCGGGAACCGAAACUGCUGCCGAAGUCUCCCCGGAUGACGAAACUAAGAAUGAAAUUGAACUUGUUGAUAUGGAUGAAUCGACUGAAAGAACCAACGCAAAGGUUCCUAUAGCAGCCAAGAUCCACAACGAAAUCGCACAUCAGUUCCUUCCAAAAUUGGAGCGUUUGUUAUCCAAGAGAACGGCGGGUAGGAAGCAAUCGGAAAAUUCAAAACCUGUUUUUCAAGAGGACGAAGACGUGUUGAGAGUUCCGAUUGCCCUGGCGUUAGUCAAAUUAUUGAUGAAACUGCCCGAUUCUAUUCGGGUUUUACGAUUGCCUGGGAUACUUCUGACGGUGUCAACAUAUCUCAAGUCUAGGGCAGAAAGCGUGAGAGCGUCAGCGAGGAGCGUGCUGAUAAAAAUAAUGAUGAUUCUUGGAUGCAAAUAUUUGCCGAACUUGAUGCGAGCUAUGCGCUCGGUGUUGUUCAGAGGAUAUCAAGUCCACGUUCUUGUGUUCACGUUGCAUUGUGUUCUGAAAGCUAUGGAUUCGGCCAAGCAAAUUUCUUGGGGUGACUUGGAUGAAUCGAUCGCAGAUUUGACCCAGGUGUGUCGGUCGGAGCUUUUCGAAGAAAUUUCGGAGGAAAAAGAAGUAGCAGCGAUUACUUCAAAAUGGAUCGAAGCUCGUGGUGGUAAAGCCUUCGAUGUGUUUGAAAUCUUGGCUCGUUAUGUUUCCCGAGGUCGAGUCCUUGAUCUGUUCCGUCCAUUGCAAGAGGUUCUAAGUACUGCGAAGUCCAACAAGAUUGUAUCGAAAGUUUCUCGCUGCCUCGAUCACCUGGUCUUGGGUCUGGUACAAAAUGAGGGCCUUGGGCAUAAUGACCUCAUUUUGCUCUCCCGAGGCCUCGUGAAAGAAUCAAUCCCCCAGUUGCAGUUGAACGCUGUUGCCGAAAACACUAAGAAACCCAAGCGUGAUAAACGAUUACGACCGGACGGAGAAAUAUUCUUGAUUCCCGCUGAACCAAAACGAGCCGCGGCGGCAGUCAAGACGGCGUUGAAAGUGCACUCGCAUUUGCUGGUACAAGCAGGACUCGAGGUGUUAUUAAGCUCGCUGAAAAACAAGAAAAUUUGUUUGAAUAUUGAGAAAGACGUGGAUGGGUUCCUCAUGGAUUUGAUAGCUUUGAUAGAUCACCAGAGUGUAAAGCUCGUCACAGUUGCCUUGCGUUGUUUGGCCUUAAUACUUCGAGCUGCUCCCGAGGAGAUCCCGUCAUUCAAAGCGGACGCCUCCAAGACAUUAAAGGACAAACUUUUUGCCAUCAUACAUAAAUAUUCAUCCCCUGGAAUGUGUAUCAGUGAGAAUGACGAGCUCGUAACAAUUUCAUUCAAGCUGAUGACUCAAAUGAUCUGGGAUAUUGACUCCUUGGAGCUUACAGAGAGUCAGUUGAAGCUACUCUUACUGCACGCUGAAGCAGAUUUGAAAGACACGACGAAGCAAGCAAUGGGAUUUGCUUUACUCAAAGCUAUACUGAAGAAGAAAUUCGCUGCUGAGGAAAUCGGCGAGGUUAUGAAGGGGGUUGCCAGGAUUGCUAUUGUCGCCGAAUCAGUGCAAGAACGUUUUCGAGCGAGACAAGCGUAUUUGACGUAUCUCAUGGAUUAUCCUUUGUCGGAUGCAGAAAUUUCGAAAGCCGUUGAUUUUUUCAUUGAUCAAAUGGAGUAUGAGUUCGCCAGUGGACGUGAUUCCGCCGUCGAAAUGCUUUUCGUCGUCGUGAAGAAUUUUCCUGAGGCUCGUGUGGACAAAUUCUCUCCAAAGCUUUUCGUCAACUUGGCGACGAGGCUCGUGAAUGAAACCGAAAUUCACGUGCGUCAAAUGGUGGUUAUGCUUUUGACGAAGUUACUUGGUCGCAUUGGCAAAGGACGUCGUGAUGCUUUGUGGGAUCUCACUACAUUAUGGUUGAAAAACAAAGCUGUUAGCUUCAAGAGGCUAGCAGCAGAAGUCUUCUCUAUCUUCUUGAAUGUUGAGAAAGUUAGUUUCAAGCCAAGACUGCGGGAAGCCUUGAAAAUGCUUUUGGAAGCUGUGAAGCCAUCUUUGUAUUCUGACGUACCGGUGUCGGAGUCUGCGGAAGACAUCGCUAUCGCUGAAAAUCACGGUUUGACUGUGAAACUCAACGACCUAUUCAUCGUCCAUGUUUUUCGUUUCAUCCUUGAUCUGCUGUCCGUGAACAUCAAUGCUUUAUAUGUCAAUCGAAAGAUGUCUUCCAUCUUGAGAGCAUUCUUGGACAUCGCGCAGCGCUUGUUGUGGCACCCGCAAGUACAAGUGAAGCUGGUUUGCGCUCAAAUUUUCGGGAUCGUGUUCCAAAACCUCGGGGACCCGAAAUUUGUCCUGGCAGCGAAUGGCUGGCACCGACCCGGCUUCGAAAACCUCGAAAUUCCUUCGGCAUUCCGUUUCAAGUUUUACUUGGAAUUUUUUAGUGCGCCUGGAUGGAAGAAACGGGUCGUGAAUCUUUUGUUCAUGUGCUUCACCCAGCUGCAAGCAAAAUUGUUGAACGAAGAACUUGCCACUCAGGUGGUUAAAAAUCUGAUUUACCUAUCGAAGUUUGCUGUGAUUUUGAAUGCUCCAGACCACAUUCAGUUUGGCACAGAACCCAAAAAAUCCACUGAAGACGACUCCGCGGAGAAGGAUGAAAUCAAACCGAUUCCGAGCAGUAGUGCGACGGUUUCCGAUGUGUGUGAAGAAAACAUAGAACUCAUAUCCAUUGACGAUUCAGAUGAGGACGAGUUGACUUCUAAUCCAAUGGACCUGGACCUUCCUGAACCGUUUCCCGUCGAUGAAGAAGACAUUUGCGAUAGUGACGUACGAGAUCCUAAAGACGAACCGAAUGAAGACGAUGAUGUUGGGAAUGUGCCAUUGAAGAAUGAUCCAGAGGAUUUAGAUCGGUAUUUAACGUUCGAUUGGUUGUCGAGCAAGUUAAAACGUGAAGCAUAUAUAGAGAUGAAGAAGACUCCACAAGUCCUCACAAGAAGACAAACGUUAUUCCGAUGGAUUGCGGGGCUGAGUUUCGCGGUGAAGAGCGACUUAGGAACGCAGGCUCUGAAAGAAAUUCUGCCAGUUCUUCUGCCGCCUUUGGUUAGGGAACUGUCCGAUCCAUCCUGCCCACCGCAACUGAAGGCACUUUGUGAAGAAACGGGGCGUUAUAUGAAGAAGUUCGUCGGAGGAGAAUUUUACUCCAAUGAAUACCAAAAGGCGCAGAGCACUUUGAACACUGCGAAACAGGAUCGGAAACGAGACAGAGCGACUCUGGCUGUGACGAAUUAUGAAGUUUCUGUCAAGAAGAAAAUGAGGAUGAACGCGGCCAAAGGAGUUUCAAGAAAGCGGAAAAACGAGAACGCGAGGAUACAGCGGCAGUUCGGAGGGAAAAAGCUGAAAGAUCUUGUCAAGAAUGCGAUUCGCAAGUCCGAUGAACACAUGUCGAGAAGCGCUGAAUUUGAUAUGGCGCUUCUGCCUUUGGAGACCCACUCAUAUUGCCGAAGGUGGUACUUGGUUAACCUCUAUGGUGCGGCGUCAUUUUGGCAAGCAGCCAUAUUCAAUUCUUAUGGUCCAAUUUACUCGAGUUUGAAAGCCGCGUAUCCGGGUGUGUGGAAUGAUGCUCAGAUCGCGAUGCAAGGCAAUUGGGGAGCGAUCACGUAUGUGCUCUUCUUCAUCCCAACUUCGUUCAUCAUGAGGAAAUUUGGUGUGCGAACGGUGAUCCUGGGAGGCGUUGGUUUGACUUGGCUUGGAACCGGGUUCAGAUGUCUUGGUGUGAACCCCGAACCUUUUCUCGGGUUAUGUCACCUUUGUUCCGUGUUGAACGGAAUAGCAGGCCCAUUGCAACUUGUCGUCAUUCCUGCCUAUUCAGCCCGAUGGUUCCCGAACCAUCAGAGAACCACGGCGACGAGUAUUGUCGUGGCGUGGAACACUCUUGGGAUCGCGGGUUCUUUUUUGUUGCCAAACUUGUUGGUGCCUGGAAGCGACGUGGAUCAAGAUGGACAGAAACUUUUUAUUCAGCAGUUUAUGCUUAUCGAGUUCAUUGUGUCGUCCGUUUUGCUGUUGGCGAUCUUGUUGUAUUUUCCGGAGAAACCGCUUUUGCCUCCGUCUGUUACGUCAAGUACGGUAAGGCCAAGUUCUGCCGACUCCUUGCGGAAAUUCACGACGAGUCCAUUGGCUUGGGCCUUGUCAUUGUCGUUCGGACUUUCUCUGGGUGCGACGGGAAUAUUUUCUGCCGUCGUGAAUGUUGAUCUUCAAUCUCUUGGCAUUGAUGAGUGGUCUGUCAACUGGUUUGGUGGAGUCACUGUCAUCAGUAUGUGUAGCCUGAUGUUGCUGGUUGCGUCGGUGUGCGAUCAGUUCGUGACCUGGCUGAAAACCGUCACUUUGACUCUUCUGGCAGUUUCAAGCUUAUUCUACUCGUGGUUCCUGGGCAUUUACACCGGUCUAAUUCCUGCCAGCACAGCCACAAUGUUUUUGAGUCUUGGAGUCGCGUGGGCUACAAAUUCGUGCAUUCUACCACUGUUCUUGGAACUAACAGCGGAAGCUCUUUACCCGGUGGAGGAAAGCGUUUCCGCAGGAUUUUUGACUGGAAUACAAAAUAUUGUGGGAGUCUUCUUCCUAAGCUUAGCCUUCAUACCUGGAAUUAAUUUUGCUCUGAUGAUCAAUGUAGCGAUGGUUGUCUGCACCAUUUUAUCGUUCCCGGUUUUAGCUGCGUGUAAAAUUGAAUACAAGCGCAGUCGCAGGGAUGAGAGGGAAAAUGAGGAUUGAUAGCGAAUGGAUAUCCAGCGGCGAUUCCUUACCAAAAACUAUCCUGAAAACAGUACGGGAUUAUUUGCCAAAAGAUGUGUUUAGGUUUGAUUUCAUGCGAGACUUCUAUGCUUUUGAAUCUGUAAUUUAGCAUUUUUUAUCCGAACUCCUUUAAUGAUCUGAGGGGAUUACUUUUUGAGUAGAUGCCCGACAGCAGAAGGGAACGACAUGAAGAUCUCUUUAAUUUCUGACAAUUUAACUGAUUUCUUCGUUAGAGCUGUGAUGUUUGGUUACGAAUUCGCACUUGUGAUUGUGUCAAAGGAAAUUCAGCGAGCGAAAAAAUAUUUGUCCCCGGAAUUAUAGCUGGAAAACCUUUUGUUGGAAAUAAAGUUCCGGAUUCGGACAAUUACUAUGCACGACGAA